AUGGGAGAACAAGAGGGUAAGGUUGACAUGAUUUGUCAUCCGCACUCUAAACUAGGUAGCUUUGAAAUGUUCGUGGAUGCACUUUUGCUGUAUUGCUUACCUGCCACCAUGGGCAUCUUUUUGGUGAAAUGGAGUGGACCCUGGCUUCUUUACAUUCUACUGCUUUACAUAAUAACGAACGAAUGCAGAGCUAUCAGUCGUGAUGGUGAGGCACUUCUAAGCUUCAGGACAGCAGUUGUUAGUUCAGAUGGUAUCCUUAUUCAAUGGAGACCAGAAGAUCCCGAUCCUUGUAAUUGGAAAGGAGUGAAAUGUGAUAAGAAAACAAAGAGAGUAAUCUACUUGAGUCUUGCUGGUCACAAGUUGAGUGGAUCUGUAUCACCUGACCUUGGGAAGUUAGAUCAGCUGAAGAUUUUAGCUCUUCAUAACAACAACUUUUAUGGGACUAUUCCUUCAGAUCUGGGGAAUUGCACGGAGUUGCAGGGAAUAUACUUGCAGGGUAAUUACUUAAGUGGAUUAAUUCCCAAUGAAUUGGGAAAGCUUUUAGACCUCAAAUAUUUAGAUAUUUCAAGUAACUCUCUCAGUGGGAAUAUUCCUGUGUCACUAGGGAAGUUGGAUAAGCUUGUCACUUUCAAUGUGUCAAACAAUUUUCUGGUUGGACCAAUACCAUCUGAUGGCAUGCUUACCACCUUACCUCAAAGCUCCUUUGAUGGAAAUCGUGAUUUGUGUGGGAAACAAAUCAGUACUAUAUGCAAAGAUGACCCUCGAGAAUCUCCACCAAAUUCCCAAUCUCCAAACUCAGAUCAAAAUCAAGGUGGAAAGAAGAAAUACUCUGGCCGGCUACUUAUUAGUGCAUCAGCAACUGUGGGUGCACUUCUUCUGGUGGCUCUCAUGUGUUUCUGGGGUUGCUUUCUUUAUAAAAAGUUUGGUAAACAUGACAGUAAAGGUCUCGCAAUGGAUGUUAGUGGAGGUGCAUCAAUUGUAAUGUUUCAUGGAGAUUUGCCAUACUCAUCUAAAGACAUAAUUAAGAAAUUAGAGACUUUGAAUGAGGAACACAUAAUUGGUUGUGGGGGCUUUGGAACAGUGUACAAGCUUGCAAUGGAUGAUGGCAAUCUAUUUGCAUUAAAAAGAAUUGUAAAGAUGAAUGAGGGUUUUGAUCGUUUUUUCGAAAGGGAGCUAGAAAUUCUUGGAAGUAUAAAACACCGAUACCUAGUGAAUUUAAGGGGAUAUUGCAAUUCUCCUACAUCAAAGUUGUUAAUCUAUGAUUUCCUAUCUGGUGGAAGCCUUGAUGAAGCUCUACAUGAAAGAUCUGAGCAGCUAGACUGGGAUGCACGCUUGAAUAUCAUAAUGGGAGCAGCAAAAGGCCUGGCUUACUUGCAUCACGAUUGCUCACCUAGGAUCAUACACCGAGACAUAAAGUCAAGCAAUAUUUUGCUUGAUGGAAAUCUUGAGGCACGAGUAUCUGACUUUGGACUUGCCAAACUGUUGGAGGACGAAGAAUCUCACAUUACGACAAUUGUUGCUGGAACAUUUGGUUAUUUGGCUCCAGAUCCACAGUAG